ACUAGGAUUAGUGAAACCCGAGGAUAAAGAUGGCGAAUGCGAAGUCCUCGACCAGAGGGAUGUGAUAAUUCCGAUUUCUUUGUCUCAUUUUGAGAAUUUUGCAAGAUCGAAAAAAAACGUAAUCUUGCACGAAUAUUGAGCUAGAGGAUUCUAACGUUGCGAUGCCAUUUCGUGUUGGCAAACUUUGCUGAAAUUCAUCGAAAGUGUGGAAAACACCUCAUUAUUUUGGGACACUCCGAUAAACAUGGAGGGUGGUACAAAGCAGAAGGGCAGAGAUCCACACACCCCAAUAAGAUUCCUGCCUCAACUGCCUCAGACCAGGACAAAGCCAGCAUGGCAGGAGGCCGCUCCAUCCUUCCAACUCAGCAACAAGCGUGAACAGGAAGACGACUUUUUAAAUGGCAUGGCCAAAAAACCUAAACACUUGCGUAGUAAGACAUGGGAUGUUCCAAAUGGUAGGGGGUCACCCACUUCACCCCCUGUCCCACCUAUUAAUGGAAAGAAACAGGCAGCUACCUCCUACGCCCCUAAAAAAGACAGAGAAGCGUUCCGAAGUGCACUGGUUAACAUAAUUAUGCAAGAUGGGGCUGCUCCACCUCCGAGGCCAUCCUCAGCGGGAGCCGAGCUUCCUCCAUUAGAGAGGACAGGAUCUCCAACUGCUGCUGAAAAAGAUAUUUUGAGAUACUACUACUACAUCCACAAUGGCAUAGACACAGAGCAUGUUGCGCCAAUGGAGGACUCAUGGCUUGAUCAUGUUCUUAGUCUUGUGCCCAGUAGGCUUAAGGAUGGCCUGGAAGUUUGCAUUGAGAAUUUAUCUGAUGAGAUGAAGGAGGAUUAUCUUCUCAGUGUUAAAAAGGCUAUAGUUGAUUUUGUGCUGAAGGAUCCAAGGGAGAAAGAAGAGGACAAAAAAGAGGAAGUCUUGGAGCACAGAAUAGAAUUGGAUCAAGUCCCCAAGCCAUGGUACAAGUCGUACCUGAUGGCUUCUGCAGCAAUUGAACAAGACCUGUUUGUAACAAACCCGACAAUGGCUGGAGUACUGGACCUGUGGCACAAAACAUUUGGGACAUUACGGCUUGUGGACAAGAAUGAUAUCCAAAUGAGACCUGAGGCACUAGAGCUUGCAAUGUUCCAAAAUGUUGUGAUGAGACACAUUGAAAUAGCCAAAGAGACACUGCUAAAGAGAUGGUUCCCAGAAGUCCAGAAUAUUUACUAUCAAGGAAACAAGCGUAAGCAAGUCCCUAGCAACCAGAAUGCUAAGAGGUUAGAGGCCUUCUUCAACUCUGCAUCUGUGCUGAUGACUAACCAACUGCAGAUGUUGGCUCUAAAUUCCAUAUCAGACUACACAGAACUCUUCUGUCCUCCAUCGUCUUCAAUAAGGGUGCUGGAGCAUCCAGGAUUCAUCAUGCGUCUUGUCCUGGAAGGUGACACUGUCAAGUUUGAGCCAGACUUUAAAGAUUUUGAGGUUGUUCUCCUGAAUGUCUAUGAUGUAAUGAUUAAGGCUGUCAUGGUUGUGCCACGGGUGGAAACUAAGCUGUAUUCAGAAUGGUCUGGGACCAAGAAGACCUUGAAACCUAUUAUUUCAGAGGAGAUUGUCAAUGAAGCAAAAGCCAAGGUACAUGCAGUCAUUGAGCAUGAAAUGGCAGGACCAAAGGAGCAUCUCAAAUUUUAUGACAAAUACAAAGAUUUAAUAACAAGAAAGGCUGAAGCCGAUGUUGAUCAGUUCCUUUUAGAAGGUCACAAGUUCAACAGAUUUUCUAAGGAAGUGGAGAAGUUUGCCAAACUUGUUGAUGAAAUCCAAUACAACUCCAGAAAGGUUAUUAGAGUUGGCAUGUUUGAACUGCACUGUGAUGAGCUGAUUCGAGCCCUGGCAAAGAGAGGAGAUGGGCUGAGAACAAAGCUACUGCAGAGAAUGAGCAAAGAUCACCAAGUGCUCAACAAGAUGUUGUGUGAGGAGUAUGAGAAGAUUGCAGAGAAAGCUUUGACAUCUCCAGCAAAUACGGAACACUUGAUGGAGCUGAAGAAUUACAUCGAACAAGUGGAGAACGAAACGAUAUUUGAUCUCGAGAAGCGUCUAGUGGAAACUAAGAGCCGACUUGGUUUCUUGGUGGAUUAUGCCUCGUUUUCUCCGGCCGACAUGCGACUCAACAACAGCGUGUUCCAAUGGCAUUUUCGAAUGCCUGAGGUGUUCGAGGAGCACAAGAAGAUCGUGAACGCUAAUCGCGUACAGUACGAGAACAGUCUCAAGAUGCGCCGUGAGAGGUUCGUUGAAGAACUGGAGAGCUACUCCAAGCAACUUGAGGAAUUCCAGACUUUCGGUGAUAUGUCUGAGGUUCCACGGUAUCUGAAGAAAGCACAAGCGCUUCACCAACGCUUGGAGACUGCUGCAGAAAAGAUUGUAACAUUUAACGUGGAGGAGGAAGCGUUCGGAUGGGACACAACCUCAUACCCCCAGCGUCAACAGCUCAUCAACACACUCAAUCCCUACCUGAAGCUCUACGAGACAACUGUCGAGUUCCAGAACAAGUAUAAAGAAUGGAUGGAGGGCCCAUGGGGAACCAUUGACCCAGACAAGGUAGAAAGCGAAACUGGUAACUACUGGCGUUCUCUCUACAAGUUGGAGAAACAGCUGACGGAAGUACCUUUGGCUCAGAGGAUCGCUGGAAGGAUGAAAACCAAAGUCGAGGAGUUCAAGGAGUACCUCCCCCUGGUCCAAGUGGUGUUCAACCCCGGUCUGCGGGACCGCCACUGGGAGCAAAUGUCCGAGAUCCUCGGAUUCCCACUCAAACCAGAUGAAGACAUGAAUCUCGCCAAGAUGGCAGAGAUGAACCUUGAGCCGUACCUGGCACAAUUUGAGACGAUCAGUGAGGCAGCAAGCAAGGAGUUCUCCUUGGAGAAGGCGAUGGAGAAGAUGGUUGGAGAGUGGGACGCGGUGGAGUUUGUAAUGAUCCCUUACCGCGAGACAGGGACACACAUCCUGUCGUCUAUUGACGAUAUCCAGACGCUCCUUGAUGACCAGAUCGUCAAGACACAGACGAUGAGAGGAUCACCAUUUAUCAAGCCUUUCGAGAACGAAAUAAAGGAGUGGGAAGGCAAGCUGAUCCUGACCCAGGAGAUCAUAGAUGAAUGGCUCAAGGUGCAAGCCACGUGGCUGUAUCUAGAACCCAUCUUUAGCAGUCCUGACAUCAUGGCACAGAUGCCAGAGGAGGGGAGGCGUUUUAGCACAGUUGAUAAAAACUGGCGUGAGACCAUGAAAGUGGCUGUCCUGGACAAACAUGUGCUGACUGUUAUUGGCAUUGAGAAGAUGCUGGAGAAACUGAAGAAAUCGAACGAGUUGCUGGAAUUAAUCCUCAAGGGAUUGAACGAGUACUUGGAGAAGAAACGACUCUACUUCCCGAGGUUCUUCUUUCUCUCCAACGAUGAGCUUCUUGAGAUUCUCUCCGAGACCAAGGACCCCACGAGGGUGCAGCCCCAUCUGAAGAAGUGCUUUGAGGGCAUUGCCAGCCUCCAGUUCACAGAUACUCUAGACAUCACACACAUGAAGAGCUCCGAGGGUGAGCUUGUGCUCCUGAAGGACGUCAUAUCAACCUCCAAGGCACGCGGUCAGGUGGAGAAGUGGCUGCUUGAGCUUCAAGAGGACAUGGUGGCAAGUGUCAGGAAGGUGAUCAUGGAGGCGAUGGAGGCAUACUUGAAAGAGGAGCGUGUCAAGUGGGUGCGUGACUGGCCUGGACAGACUGUCCUCUGUGUUACCCAGUACUACUGGACGGCAGAGGUACACAAGGCUAUCCGCGGUGGCCAGAAGCAGCUUGACCAGUACUUGCAGCAGAACAAUUCUCAGAUUGAUGACAUUGUGACCCUUGUGCGAGGAAAGCUAUCCAAACAGAACCGUGCGACUCUUGGCGCACUUGUGGUACUUGAUGUGCACGCCAGGGACGUGUUGACAAAGCUGUGUGAACUAGGAAUAUCAUCAGAAGAUGAUUUCGAGUGGCUUGCUCAACUGCGCUAUUACUUUGAGGAGGAGAAUGUCAUGACGCGGAUGAUCAGCGCUCACUUGGCUUACGGCUACGAGUACCUCGGCAACUCGGGUCGUCUUGUCAUAACUCCGCUCACCGAUCGAUGCUACAGAACACUGUUCGGUGCGUUGCAGCUUCACCUGGGUGGAGCACCCGAAGGACCAGCAGGUACAGGCAAGACUGAGACCACCAAAGACUUGGCUAAGGCUGUCGCCAAACAGUGUGUCGUAUUCAACUGCUCUGACGGCUUGGAUUACAUCGCUCUCGGAAAAUUCUUUAAAGGUUUGGCAUCGUGUGGCGCUUGGUCGUGCUUUGACGAAUUCAACCGUAUUGACUUGGAAGUAUUGUCCGUCGUUGCACAACAGAUUCUCACCAUUCAGAUGGGUAUUAAGUCUGGGGGCGACACCCUGCUUUUCGAGGGCACGGAGAUCAAGUUAGACCCAACAUGCGCCGUCUUCAUCACAAUGAACCCUGGUUAUGCAGGACGGUCUGAGCUGCCAGAUAACCUUAAGGCACUGUUCCGUACUGUCGCUAUGAUGGUGCCUAACUAUGCCAUGAUCGCCGAGAUCUCCCUCUACUCCUAUGGAUUCGUCAAUGCUCGCUCGUUGGCUGUGAAGAUUGUGACAACAUACACGUUGUGCUCGGAGCAGCUGUCGUCCCAGCAUCAUUAUGAUUACGGCAUGCGUGCCGUCAAGUCCGUGCUGACCGCAGCAGGUAACCUUAAGUUGAAGUACCCGGAUGAGAACGAAGAUAUCCUUAUGCUGCGCUCCAUCAAUGACGUCAACUUGCCGAAAUUCCUUGCUCACGAUCUGCCCUUGUUUGCCGGUAUCACGUCUGAUCUGUUCCCGGGCGUACAACUGCCCAAACCCGACUACACAGUGCUAACAGCAGCAGCUGCUGAGGUGUGCAAGUCGAUGAAUCUGCAGAUGGUCGAUGAGUUCCUUACAAAGAUUUUGCAGAUUUAUGAGAUGAUGAUCGUGCGUCAUGGCUUCAUGAUUGUUGGUGAGCCUUUUGGCGGUAAAACGUGUGCCUACCGGGUGUUGGCCAAGGCACUCAGCGAUGUAGCCGAAAAGGGCUUGAUGGAAGAGAACAAAGUGCAGAUCGUUGUGAUCAACCCCAAGUCAAUUACGAUGGGACAGCUGUAUGGGCAGUUUGACCCUGUUUCCCACGAGUGGUCUGAUGGAGUAUUGGCAGUCAACUACAGGGCAUUUGCAUCAUCCACGACUCCUGAUCGUAAGUGGUUGAUAUUUGACGGGCCAGUGGACGCUGUCUGGAUUGAGAACAUGAACACUGUACUUGAUGACAACAAAAAGCUUUGCUUGAACAGCGGUGAGAUCAUUCAGUUGGCUUCUACCACCAACCUGAUCUUUGAGCCCAUGGAUCUGGAAGUCGCUUCUCCUGCAACAGUCAGUCGCUGUGGAAUGAUCUACAUGGAGCCCCACAUGCUUGGAUGGAAACCCCUACUCACCUCCUGGCUUCACACCUUGCCCAAGACACUGAACGAAGAGAACAAAGAACUGAUCAAGGACUUGUUCGACCGCAUGGAAGAAGCACUCCUGCAGUUUAUACGCAAAGGCGGCUUCAAGGAGCUGUCCCCUACCAACGACACAAACCUGGUCAACUCCCACAUGAAUAUGAUGGAUACUUUAAUGGAUGAGUUCCACGACGAGCAGAGGUUCAAGGAGCUCAACGAGAGAGAAGUUGCUGCCUGGCUUGAGUGUAUCUACUUGUUCUCAUGUGUAUGGUCGCUUGGGGCGACGCUCGAUGGAGAAGGACGUAAAUCAUUCGACAAACUUCUCAGGGAAAUUGUCGAAGGUCCACUGUCCCUUGAGUCCAAAAGCAAGUACCACAUCCUUGAGAUUGUGGAUCCGCCACCGCGACCGUUCCUCUGCCCCUUCCCCAGCAAAGCUACAGUCUAUGAUUACAGGUUUAUCAAGGAGGGCAUGGGAAAGUGGGAGCUGUGGACAGAAGAAAUCAAGGAUGCGCCUCCAAUCCCCAAGGACAUGGCAUUCAAUGAGAUCAUUAUCCCUACUGUGGACACGGUGCGUUACACGUACCUGAUGGAGCAGCUUGUCACGCACGGAAAGCCAUCUCUGUUUGUUGGACCAACAGGCACCGGGAAGUCUGUCUACAUUACGAACUUCCUGCUGAAGAAAUUAGAAGAGACAUACAAGCCUUUGCUCAUCAACUUCUCGGCGCAAACAACAGCCAAGCAGACUCAGGAUAUUAUCAUGUCUAAGCUGGACAAGCGAAGAAAAGGCGUCUACGGGCCGCCGUUAGGAAAGAAGACGGUUGUCUUUGUGGAUGAUCUUAACAUGCCAGCACGUGAAGUGUACGGUGCACAGCCCCCCAUAGAGCUGCUGAGACAGUGGCUCGACCAUUGGCAGUGGUACGACUUGAAGGACACUUCUCCCAUUCACCUUGUGGAUAUUCAGAUUCUCGCAGCUAUGGGCCCCCCUGGUGGUGGGCGUAAUCCUAUCACUCCUCGCUUCUUACGGCACUUCAACACCAUCAGCAUCACCAAGUUUGACGAUGGUACCAUGGUGAAGAUUUUCAGCCGGAUCAUGAACUGGCACCUCACCACAAAGGGCUUCUCGAAGGAUUUUGGUCCCAUCGGCGACAUGCUGGUGAACGGAACUCUUGAGAUAUACAGGAAUGCUAUCGUAAACUUGUUGCCCACUCCAGCCAAGUCACACUAUCUUUUCAACCUAAGAGACUUUGCCAGGGUUAUCCAGGGCACUCUCCUGUCUGCGCCUGACAGGAUUACCGAACACGACAUGCUCAAGCGCUUGUGGUCGCAUGAGGUGUUCCGGGUGUUUUACGAUCGUCUUGUGGAUGACGGUGACCGAGAUUGGUUGUACAACAACUUAAGAGAAGUCUGUAAAUCGCAUCUAAAUGUAGAGUUCGACACACUCUUCCAGCGACUCGACUUCGAUGGAGAUGGCAAGGUUAAGGAGGAUGACCUUCGCAGUUUGGUGUUCUGUGAUUUCACGGACGCUAAGGCGGACCCCAAACCAUACGUGGAAGUGGAGGAUCUGGACAAACUGAGAGGAGUGGUGGAGAACUACUUGGAUGAGUUUAACAAUAUGAGCAAAAAGCCCAUGACUUUAGUACUCUUCCGGUUCGCUAUCGAGCACGUGUCCCGUAUCUCGCGAGUUAUCAAGCAGCCCCGCGGGCAUUGUCUGCUUGUCGGGGUGGGAGGCAGUGGAAGGCAGAGUCUCACAAGGCUUGCCGCUCAUAUGGCAGACUUCGAUCUCUUCCAGGUUGAAAUAGGAAAAGGUUACACGUCAACCGAGUGGCGAGAAGACAUCAAGGCAAUUCUCCGUAAGACCGCGGAAGGCGAGACCAACGGGGUAUUCCUGUUCACAGACACGCAGAUCAAAGAGGAGUCCUUCCUGGAGGACAUCAACAACUUACUGAACGCUGGUGAAGUGCCUAACUUGUUCCCUUUGGACGAGAAGCAGGAGAUCUGCGAGAAGAUGAGGCAGUUUGACAGGCAGCGUGAUAAAUCCAAGCAGACUGACGGAAGUCCUGUAGCGCUGUUUAACUAUUUCAUUGAACGAGUCAGAGACCAGCUGCACAUUGUCUUAGCCAUGAGCCCCAUCGGCGACGCAUUCAGAAACAGACUGCGCAAAUUCCCAUCACUCGUCAACUGCUGCACCAUAGAUUGGUUCCAGUCUUGGCCAGCAGACGCGUUACAGGUGGUGGCCCAGCGGUUCCUGGAAGAGUGCGAGAUCGAGGCAGAUGUGAAGGAGGGAUGUGUGGAGAUGUGCAAAUCCUUCCACACCAGCACACGUGACCUGUCUUUACGAUACCAAAGCGAGUUGAAGCGUCAUAACUACGUCACACCCACAUCGUACCUGGAGCUUAUCAGUACAUUCAAGGCGUUACUCAACAAGAAACAACAGGAGGUGGUUAAAGCUAAACGACGAUACGAAGUUGGUCUGGAAAAGCUGAACUCCGCACAGUCUCAGGUGGCGUCCAUGCAAGAGGAGCUUGAAGCUCUGCAGCCUCAGCUGAUUCAAGCAGGGAAAGAGGUGGACGACAUCAUGGUCAUCAUCGAGAGAGACUCCAUUGAGGUCGCCAAGACCGAAAAGAUUGUCAAAGCUGACGAGGCGGUCGCCAAUGAGCAGGCGAUGGCAGCUAAAGCGAUUAAAGACGAGUGUGACAAGGACCUUGGUGAAGCUAUCCCCAUUUUGGAGAGUGCCUUGGCGGCGCUCAACACUCUUACACCUGCCGACAUCACGGUGGUGAAGACCAUGAAGAGCCCCCCAGCAGGCGUCAAACUUGUGAUGGAGGCCAUCUGUAUCUUGAAGGGUGUCAAGCCAGACAGGAUUCCUGAUCCAUCUGGAUCUGGCAAGAAAAUUGAAGACUUUUGGGCCCCAUCGAAGCGUAUUCUUGGCGACAUGAAGUUCUUGCAAGGUCUUCAGACUUACGACAAAGACAAUAUCCCCGCACCAGCCAUAAAGCAGAUCCGUCAAAAAUACACUUCCAACCCCGAGUUCGACCCUGAUAAGAUCAAGGUGGCCUCCACUGCAGCGGAGGGUCUGUGCCGAUGGGUCAUUGCUAUGGACUCUUACGAGAAAGUGGCGAGGGUCGUGGCUCCAAAGAAGAUCGCCCUUAAGGCAGCCGAGGAGGAGCUUGCUGUUGCUAUGGAGGGUUUGAAUAAGAAGCGCGCAGCCUUGAAGGAGGUACAGGACAAGCUAGCGAGAUUACAGGAGAAGUACGAAGCAAACGUAAAGAAGAAGAGUGACUUGGAGAAGCAGGUGGAUCUCUGUUCUAAGAAGCUGGACCGUGCUGAGAAGCUCAUCGGUGGUCUCGGAGGAGAAAAAACUCGGUGGACCGAGGUGGCUAAUGCGCUUGGCAUCAGAUAUACCAACUUGAUAGGAGAUGUACUUGUGUCAUCUGGUGUCGUCGCGUAUCUCGGCGCAUUUACCGCGGCAUUUAGACAGGAACAAGCGAACAAAUGGCUGAACGACUGUAAGACGAACCACAUUCCCUGCUCAGAUGACUUCUCCGUCACCUCUACACUAGGCGAGCCCGUCAAGAUACGAGACUGGACGAUUUUUGGUCUCCCUACAGACAGUUUCUCCAUCGAGAACGGAAUAAUCAUCAAUAACGCCAACCGCUGGCCACUGAUGAUCGACCCUCAGGGCCAAGCCAACAAAUGGAUCAAGAACAUGGAGAAGAAAAACAACCUGCACGUCAUCAAACUGACCGACGCCGACUAUGUGCGAACACUAGAAAACUGCAUUCAGUUUGGCACUCCGGUUCUACUGGAGAAUGUUGGCGAGGAGCUCGACCCGCUGCUUGAACCAUUGCUGCUAAAGCAGACCUUUAAACAAGGCGGCAGCAUUUGCAUCAAAGUCGGCGACAGCGUCAUUGAGUAUUCCAAGGACUUCAGGUUUUACAUCACAACCAAGCUUCGUAAUCCGCACUACUUGCCAGAAACUGCUGUUAAGGUCACGCUACUUAACUUCAUGAUCACGCCAGAAGGUCUCGAGGAUCAGUUGUUGGGUAUCGUGGUGGCUCGUGAGCGGCCCGAGCUGGAGGAAGAGAAGAACGCUUUGAUCUUGCAGAGCGCAGAAAACAAAAGACAGCUGAAGGAGAUCGAAGACAAGAUUCUCGAAGUUUUGUCCUCAUCGGAGGGCAACAUCCUGGAAGAUGAGACCGCCAUCAACGUCCUCUCCUCCUCAAAGGUCCUCGCAAACGAAAUUUCCGAAAAACAGGCUAUCGCCGAGGAGACGGAGGAGAAAAUCGACAAGACCCGAAUGGGCUACACUCCCAUCGCCGUACACUCCGCCAUUUUGUUCUUCUCCAUCGCUGAUCUUGCUAACAUCGAGCCCAUGUACCAGUACUCUCUCACAUGGUUCAUCAACCUAUUUAUCAUGUCCAUUGAUAACUCGGAAAAGUCCGAGGAACUUGAUAAGAGGCUGGAGAACCUGCGAAAUCAUUUCACAUAUUCGUUGUACUGCAAUGUUUGCCGAUCUCUUUUCGAAAAGGACAAGCUGCUGUUUUCGUUUCUGCUCUGCGUUAACAUCCUCAUGCACGACGGCGAAGUCUGCCGGGACGAGUGGCGUUUUCUGCUGACCGGAGGGGUAGGUCUGGACAAUCCUCACUCUAAUCCUGCUUCCUGGCUACCGAGUAGGUCCUGGGACGAGAUUUGCCGACUGGACGACAUGAGCAAGUUUAAAGGUUUCCGUCAAAAGUUCCCGCGUACCUUGGAGGGCUGGAAGAAGAUCUAUGACAGUAAUGAGCCGCAAACCAUGCCCCUUCCGGGCGAGUGGGAAGAGAAAUUUGACUUUUUCCAGAAAAUGGUGUUACUGAGAUGCUUAAGACCAGAUAAGAUCACGCCGUGCGUACAGAACUUUGUCACCGUCAAACUGGGCAAGAAGUACAUCGAGCCGCCCCCAUUCGACCUCGGCAAAGCGUUUGCUGAUUCCAACUCUUGCGCUCCCCUCAUCUUCGUGCUGUCUCCGGGCUCAGAUCCCACGGCAGCUCUGCUUAAGUUUGCUGAUGACCAGGGAUUCAGCGGCUCCAAGCUCAGCUCUCUGUCUCUAGGUCAAGGCCAGGGUCCUAUCGCUCUGCGCAUGAUCGAGAAGGCUGUCAAGGACGGCACAUGGGUUGUACUGCAGAACUGCCAUCUCGCUACUUCGUGGAUGCCCACAUUGGAGAAGCUCUGCGAGGAGUUGAACCCUGACACCACACACCCUGACUUCCGCCUGUGGCUUACUAGCUACCCUUCGCCCAACUUCCCUGUCACAGUGUUGCAGCGGAGUAAAGAUGACAAGAACGGAGUAAAGAUGACAAACGAACCACCAAAAGGCAUCCGAGCCAACAUCAUCAGGUCCUACCUAGGCGAUCCCAUCUCAGACCCGGAGUUCUUUACGGGAACCGGCCAGAAAUCGCCGCAGUUCAAGAAGAUGUUAUUCGGCUUGUGCUUCUUCCACGCGCUAGUGCAGGAGCGUCGUCAGUUCGGUCCUCUUGGAUGGAACAUCCCGUAUGAGUUCAACGAGACCGACUUGCGUAUCAGCGUACAACAACUGCAUAUGUUCAUGAACAAAUACGAUGAGGUACAGUACGAGGCGCUCAAGUACCUGACAGGCGAGUGUAACUAUGGAGGUCGCGUGACAGAUGACCGUGACCGCCGCACGCUGCUCACUAUCCUCAACAAGUUCUACACUCCUGGUGUCAUCAAAGACGAUCGCUAUAAGUUCUCACCAAGCGGAAAUUACUACGCCCCGGACGAUGGGGACUACGAAACGUACAUUGAGUACGCGCGCAGUCUUCCCCUCAUCAACCACCCAGAGAUAUUUGGAAUGCACGCCAAUGCGGACAUCACUAAGGACCAGCAGGAGACGCAUCAGCUGUUUAACAGCAUCCUGCUGACCCAGUCGCGCUCUUCUUCCGGCGGAGGUCGGUCUGACGAUGAGAUCGUCGCCAGCGUUUCCGAGGACAUCCUCAGUAAGAUGCCGCAUGAGUUCGACACGGACGCGGCACUAAGGAAGUUCCCGACCACGUACACGCAGAGCAUGAACACCGUGCUGGUGCAGGAGAUGGUGCGCUUCAACAGGCUCAUCAAGGUGGUGCGCUCUAGCCUCGUCAACAUACAGAAAGCAAUCAAGGGUCUUGUCGUGAUGUCUUCGGAGCUGGAAGAAGUUGUUAGUGGUAUUCUGAAAGGCAAGAUCCCUGGUUUAUGGAUGAAAAAAUCAUACCCGUCACUAAAACCGCUUGGCAGCUACGUGAACGACCUGCUAGCUCGGCUCAAGUUCCUGCAAGACUGGUAUGAUAAUGGUGCGCCUUCGGUCUUCUGGAUCAGCGGGUUCUUCUUCACGCAGGCGUUCUUGACGGGUUCUAAACAGAACUUUGCGCGUAAAUACACCAUCCCUAUUGACUUGCUGACGUUCGACUUUGAGGUGCUUGAGGAUAAGAAAUACGAGACUCCCCCUGAGGACGGCGUCUAUGUCAACGGCUUGUUUAUGGAGGGUGCACGCUGGGACCGCGACACUAGAGCGAUCGGCGAAUCCCAGGCCAAAGUGCUAUUCGACUCGUUGCCCGUAAUGUGGUUGUGUCCGUGCAAAACAGAAGACAUCAAGAAGCGGCCCCAUUACGUGACGCCAGUGUAUAAGACAAGUGAGAGACGAGGUACACUUUCCACCACGGGACACUCUACCAAUUUUGUCAUGGAGAUGCGCCUGCCAUCCGACCAGCCGCAAGAGCAUUGGGUCAUGCGCGGUGUUGCCUUACUUUGCCAGCUGGACGACUAGAUUAGUUCCCGCUUAUCAGAAGAAAAAAAGAACUUUCUCCAUAUAUUGCUGAGAUAAGCGAAUAUUUCUAGAAAGUAUUUGGUUUAAAGUACGGGAUCUAAUAAAGAUUCCUAGUGCCAUAAAAAUCUUAAAAACACGAAAUUUCUUUUUCCCUCAACUCACUGAAUUCAUAGCUUUGUUUUUGAGAGGUUUGUAAAUAGCGUACUGUAUUCAUAGUGUAUUUAUAGCUGGAUUUUGACUGUAAAUUAUGGCGAACUACUGUUUGGAGGGUAUAUCCAACAGUACACUGUGUAACGGACUUUAUACAAAUGCAAUGUGUUUAAUAAAACACCGUGUUUUCUAAUA